AGCUACAGAUCAAGAGCUACAAGAACUUUCUUUGUUUUUUUUACAGACCCUGAUUCACAAAUAUCAUAUGUCAUUUUAAGUUUCUUUUGAUUUAAAUUCUUGCCUAGACAUUUUUACACCAGAUUAUCAGUUGUAUACUUUUACUAAUCGACUGCAGGUAUUUUACACUAAGUAUUCUUAAAGUCUUUUAUAAAACAUUUAGAUUGAGUCUGCCAGUGGACCUUAAAGAACAAAAGAAGCAAGUUAUCAAGAUUAACUGAAGUUAUCGAGGCAUUUUUAGAUUUUUUAAAAAAUGCCUCGGAAUAAACAAAAUGAAUGUAUACUAAACAAAGAAGAGAUAAAUUACACAGAUAUAAAAUUUUUCAAAUCUCAACAGAAGAGAAGAAGACCCAAGGAAAAGCAGGAUUCUGUAAUAUCAAAUGAAGAGACUGUAAACUAUGUGCCACUGAAAUUCAACAGAGCUUUUCACCUCAAACACAAAAAAUUGUUUGUUAGAGAAAAAAAAGACCCUGAAUCUACAGCAUGGCGGGUGAUAGCUGGCAUCCUAGUGGUCUUGUGUAUGGUUUUGCUGACAACAGUGGGUGUCUUGCUUUCAAACUUACUUUCUAGAAGAGAAGAACAAAACAGAAAAAUUUCCACCACAUCUUCUAAAGACAAUGAAUGUUCCUGUGAUCUUAGAUCUCACAAUGGGAUUGGGUUUGGAAAUAGUUACUAUCAUGUUUCUAAUGAAACCAAAACCUGGCCAGAAAGUCACACUGCCUGUGUAGAACUGAAUUCUCAUCUUCUGAAGAUACAGACCCAAGAAUUGCUGGAUAUCUUAUCAACAUUUGGAAUGUCGGGAUGGAUAGAUCAUAAAAUGUGUGCAACUGAUUGGUCCCCGUUAAUGGAAAAUUGUACCAAAAUGAAUGAAAAGUUCAAUUGAUGAAAAAGAAGAACAAGAAUUGUGCUUAUAUCAGUGGAAAGUAUAUUUAUCCUGAAAACUGUUCAUGUAGGAAAAUUUACAUAUGUGAGUUUAAUAUACAGCAACAUCUGCUUU